UUGUCCCCAAACCCCCGAAACCCCCAAACGCACGGCAGGCCAUGGAGCUGUCGAUGAGCGGCGGCGCGCUGCGGACCUUCUCCCGCUUCGUCACCUGCCUCACCCGCAUCGGCUCCGACCUCGUCUUCCAGGCCUACCCCGACAAGGUGCGCCGUCUCCUCGCAGCCCACACCUGCCAUUCCUCACCGGCGGUUCUCACGAUUUCAAUCUACUUACAGCUGGAGCUGCACACGCUCAACAGCUCGCGGUCGGCGUUCGCGUCCGUCUCCCUCACGCGCGACUUCUUCGACCACUUCCACCUCCCCGCCGCCGCCGCGCCGUCGUCCACGCCGCUCCAGUGCAGCGUCCUCCUCAAGUCCGUCCUCGCUGUGCUCCGCACGCCCACCUCCGCGGUCGACCGCCUCAACGCUUCUCUCCCAAACCCCCAAGCGUCCAAGCUCGAGUUCGUCAUCCACUGCAUCAGCGGGCGUAAGAAGACGCACCGGAUCUCGUGCAGCGCCGAGUCCGACGUGCAGACUCUGGCGCUCGACCGCAACGGCUUCCCCAGCCGCCUCGCCAUACGGCCACGGGAUCUCACGCGCCUGCUUUCCAAUUUCCAGUCCUCGCUGCAGGAGCUCACCUUUAUUGCCACCCAGCCUGCUGCACGGUUGCCUGGCGUCGAUGAUGCCACUGGGGGGAAGGCAGUCGAGCUCCUAAGCUACAUCGACCCGACCAAAGAUGACUACGACAGUAGGCUGCACACACAACUGUGGAUCGAUCCAGCAGAGGAGUUCUUGGAGUAUGAGCAUGCUGGUGAUCCCGUAGAUGUCACAUUUGGGGUGAAAGAAUUGAAGGCAUUUUUAACAUUUUGUGAAGGAUGUGAGGUUGAUAUUCUCCUAUUCUAUCAGAAGGCUGGCGAACCUGUCCUGUUGGCUCCAAGAUUUGGAAUCGAUGAUGGUUCAAGUUCUAAUUUCGAUGUAACUCUAGUUCUAGCCACUAUGCUUGUAUCACAACUAAAUGAUGGCAGUGUGCCUCAGCAGCCACCUACGUCAGCACAUCAUGCAGAAGAACCAAGGGCUGCCGCUGCUGCACCAUCACCAGUUCCCGAAAAUGUCUCAAACCAUACAAGAAUAUGGUCAGAGCUUUCAGGUGUUACUCCCAAAAGCUUUGAAGCUAACGCAGAAAAUCGUGCCCAGAUGGAGAGAAAUGGAAGAGCUAACGUGCUGAAUGACACAUCAGUGCUUCCCAAUACCAAUGCUCCCUGCAAGCUACCAGUGACAGAUAACGCAAACUAUAUAGAGCAGCCUGUGCAAAUGGAUCACUUGGAAGAGCCUCCUGAAGUUGUGGUUGAUAACCCUCGUUCGCAGCAUCACCCAAGCAACUGGGUAGGUGCCGACGAAGACGAUGAUGAUGAAGAAGAUGAGGAGCUUUUUGUCCAAACAACACCUCACUACAUGGACUAAGGACCGAUGCUGAUUCUGAAUAUUGCAGGUGUACAGAUCAUGUGAGUGUUUCUACUGGGCAUCACGGAGUUCCUGGCAGGGGUAGGGUGGCGAGAACAAUUAUUGUAGCAAAAAAGAAAAUGUGUGCUAGAUAUGGGAGAUGAUUUUUUUUUUCCUUCAAAAAUUCUUUGUUCACAGAAGGUAUGUAAGGACAAUCACACCUUCAGAAUUUAGAACUUGUGGUGUCUUCCAUUUGAGAUCCUGGAUCCAUUGCAACGCUGGAUCUAUGAACAUAAAGUUUGAUUCAAGAAAAUAAAUAAAAUUGAAGCACUGUAAUCCUAUUUCUUUUCUUUUUUUGAAGAUACCGGCUCCCAAAUGAUUUCCAUGUAUUUUUUUGGGUGACUCGAU